AUGAAUUGUCUUAUUGGUGACAAAGUUUUCCCCUCGUCUAACCAAAUAGAUGUGUGCACGAAAGGGGUCCACGUCGCAAGCGUGAUGCACAGAAUUGAAAACAGUGGCUGUGCAUUCUUCGUGGACACUGAAGGACAAGGAGACGAAGGCAUUGAGAGUGACGCUACCCUCCUGACACCAAUUCUUCUUUUGUCGAAAGUAAUCCUGUUUAAUUGGAAAGGUGGGCUCCAGAAGAACAAUAUCCUGAACGAGCUUGGUCUUCUUGUUGAGGUCGCCAGCCGUGUGUCGUCAAACAGUCUCGAGAGGCCGAAAUUUGGACAUCUACAUAUUGUGUUACGGGAUUUUCACUUUGAAGGCACCGACGAGGAAGCUCUUGCCAAGAUUUUUGACGAAGAAAUGAAACGCGGCGAGGACGUUAAUCAAAGGAACAAGGUUCGUGAGAAGCUGCGCUCCUCGUUCGAAAGCAUUAAAGUCUUUACCCUUCCAACACCCUCCGGAGACGUGAGCAAUCUUGAUCUCCGCACUACUUCUGAAGAGUUCCAAACACGCAUCGAAGAAUUAAAAAGCAUCAUAUCUGGUCAAUUGAAAGAGCCACGUAGCUUUGGUAACUUCGUUGUUAAUUUCGAGAACGUCGAUGACCUUGUGAAAACAUUUGCGCAAAAUCUGGAAAACGGUGACAUUGUCAAUGUCAAGUCAGUGGUCAGGCAGCUUCAACGUGGUACAGUUGACAAAGCAAAACGGUGCUUCGAGGAAAAUCUUAUCAAAGCUUACAAGGUUAUCAAUACUCCUGUGAAACAAGAUCUCGAAGAGCACCUCAUCAAGAAAAGCGAUGCUCUUCUGGGCAAGUUUAGAAGAAGCACAGCACAAGUUGACCUCGAGAAGGAAUAUGUAAACAGUGUACUUCAAGAUUUGAAAACAUGGGCCUCCAUGAGAUUAAAGGAUAAAGUUGAGGCUAAGGAAAAGGAGGAAAAAUCGAAUCAGCAAAUACGUUUGAUGAAAGCUGUCGAAGAUUUUAGAUGGGCAGUGGAGGUAGAGUUGCAGAGGCAAGAAGAAACAGACGUCCCCAGUCUUCGGAAAACUUUUCAACAGAAGAAGAGAAAAAUUAUCGAGAUAUUCCAGAAUAGUACCAGCGGUCUACAUCUAGUUACCCAGUGUACAGAAGAAGAGCUAAGAAUGUUAGAAAGUUGGACUGCGAGGAAGUUCGAAGAAAAGGUUGAAGCUGUAGAAAAAGAAGAGCGCCAGCGGAAGAGUGGUAUGUUACUUCACGUUGCAUUUCUACUGUGA